AAGCUAUUAAUCCAUUACCAAAGUAGUUGCUGAUUAUUUUUCUGACGACUGAUCGAUUAAUCGACUAAAUGUUUCAGCUUUAAAUGUACAUGCGAAGUGAAUACAUACAUUUUGCUCAUAAUAUUCAUGCACUUUUAUGAAAGUACAUUUUGAAUGCAGUUCUGUCCGUACAUUGUGGUAUUGCUAAUUUAACUUAAGUAAAAAAAAAAAAAAAAAAAUCAAAAUACUUCUUUCACUAUUCCUAAGCUAAGUUAGUGACACUGUGUGUAGCUUCUAUCCAUUGGGGAUCUAUAAACGUGCUACACACCGCACAGCGUCGGCGCGCACGCACGUAUUCUCUCGCUCCGUAUUAUUGAAACCAGCCACCAUGGGGAGUUAAGGGCAAGACGACGGGUUAUUUUCGUUAAUAUUUAAUAUUAGAAAGCUAUCCAUAUGCUGCGUUUUGGAGCUAACAGUUCGUGCCAGUAUCCCCAAUGCAGCGGAUUACGGGGAACGGGCUUUCAGAGACGGGUGAAUCGUUUGCCAGCAGAAUCAUUGCUCGAGGCGAAGAUCUGACCGCUGCCUUGUGCAAUCAAAGACAUGAGUGUUGUCAGAGAAUUACAUGGGAUUGGGUACAGGGGUGGUGGUGGGGUUGUGGCCUCUCUGAGCGGCCCUACCCACUUCACUGAGGAUGCCCCGCGACCCCCGGUUCCUGGUGAGGAGGGGUCUGAUGUGGACCCCCCAGUCCAGUCAACGAACACCCGUCCAAACACCCUUUCCCAAACCCUCGGCUAUCCCCUGUCAUCCUCACUAUCUAAAAUGGGGGAUCCAUCAAGUUACACACCCUCCUCAUCGUCUGCGACUCCGCGUCGCCCUGAUCUGGACUUGGGGUAUGAACCUGAGGGCUCGGCUUCACCAACUCCACCUUACCUGAAGUGGGCUGAGUCACUUCACUCUCUCCUAGACGACCAGGAAGGAAUCCAGCUGUUCCGAAACUUCCUGUGCCAGGAAGGGUGUGCAGACCUUCUGGACUUCUGGUUUGCCUGCUCGGGGUUCAGGAAGACGAGCCAAGAGAAGAGGGCAAAGCUGGCCAAGGCCAUCUACAGGAAGUACAUUGUAGACGGAAGUGGGAUUGUCUCCAGGCAGAUCAAAGCAGCCACCAAGAGCUUCAUCAGAGACUGUGUGGGAAGGCCACAUCCAGACCCUGCAAUGUUUGAACAGGCCCAGACAGAGAUCCAGGCCAUGAUGGAGGAGAACACAUACCCUUUGUUCCUUAAGUCAGACCUGUACCUGGAGUACACACGGACAGGAGGAGAGAGCCCCAAACCUAACCCCAGUGAUCAGAGUCCUUCAUCGGGGCCAGCCAAGCCUGUGCCUGGGUACUUACCCACACUCGCUGAGGAUGAGGAGUGGAGGUGUGGGGGAGGAGGAGUGAGGGAGGUGGAGGAAGAAAAAGAUGUGGAGGAGUGUGGAGACACACCAGCUGGUAGGCUGACUCACAGCCUGCUGAUGCAGACAGCACCGCAGAGAGCCACGUCCAGCAGGAGGAGGCAGGACAGCAGGGAGUACAGACCAUGGAGGGAGCCGGUCAACCCAUACUACGCGAACAUGGGAUAUGCUCGCGCUCCAGCCACCAGUGCCAAUGACAGUGAGCAGCAGAGCAUGUCGAGUGAUGCAGACACACUGUCGCUGACCGACAGCAGUGUAGAUGGUAUUCCUCCAUACAGAUAUCGGAAGCAGCAUCGUAAAGAGAUGCAUGAAAGUGCCAAAGCCAAUGGACGUGUGCCCCUACCUCAUAUACCUCGCACGUACCGCAUGCCAAAGGACAUCCACGUAGAGCCUGAGAGGUUUGCAGCAGAGCUCAUCAGCAGGCUGGAGACGGUUCUCAGAGAGAGAGAGGCUCAGGAAAGACUCGAAGAGAGGCUGAAGAGAGUACGACUGGAAGAAGAGGGGGACGAUGCUGACAUCUCCAUGACAACCUCCAUGUCUUCUCAUAGCAUACCACUCCCCCUCCCCUCAUCGUUUCCACCUCUCUAUGGCGCCCGUUAUUCAGAGACCACUGCUAACACGGCAACAGUGACCACUUAUGGCGGCCUGGUUGCCAUGGAGGAUUCCCACGACGAUGACCCAGAAUCUAUCUUGGAUGAACAUGUAUCGCGUGUGAUGAAAACGCCGGGCUGCCAGUCGCCAGGGGCCACCAACAGCACCUUAGGAGGAGGAGGAGGGGGUCGACACACUCCUCCCAAAUCGUCACGCUCACCUGACGGGGGGAUCGGACCGCCCCAUUACCCGCCACACCGAGGGGGAGGUCACAGUCUGCCUGCUGCUGGGGUCAAAGGUAUCCAUCACCACAAGCAGCUGUACCACCACAGAGGACGAGAGGGACAGGAGGAGGCGGGCUCUAGGUCUCAGCCCAACUUCCUGUGGAACGGAGACCCGGCCGGCCAGUACGCAGGGAGAAGUCGUAACUAUGCUGAUGGGGCUGGAGCCAGCACGAUUGAGGGGAUGGGUUACAGCAAAGGCAGCACGCUAUCACGCCGAGGUUGCAAGAAGACUGCGGAGACAUCAGGCAAAGGUGAGGAGAGUGGGCGUGGUCUGGAGACCCAGGUGCCAAUGGAGGAUCUGGAGAGAAACCAGAAGAUCCUGCAGUGGAUGAUGGAAGGAGAUAGACAAAGGAAAAGCUCCCAUGGCGGCAGCACCAGUAGCUCCAGGAGGACGGGAACCAGCAGCGAGUCACCGCGUCCAACUUCAGUGGAGCGGCCUGGAGCUGUGCAUCCUUGGGUCUCUGCCCAGCUGCGUAACAACCCCUCUUCGGUGUCCGCCGCCAUCCCCGGCUCAUCGUCCGCCCAGGUCCAACCCUCGCACCCUUUCAUCCAGGACCCAGCUAUGCCCCCCAACCCGGCUCCCAACCCCCUCACCCAGCUGGAGGAGGCUAGGAGGAGGCUGGAGGAGGAGAGGAGGAGGAAUGCACUACAGCAGGCCAAGCAGAGGCAUAAGUCUGGAAAGCGCCAAGUGUGUGAGAACAUGACGGUCGCUUACUACUUUUGUGGAGAGCCAAUCCCAUACAGAACAUCAGUCAAAGGCCGUGUGGUGACUUUGGGCCAGUUCAAGGAGCUGCUUACCAAAAAGGGCCACUACAGGUUCUACUUCAAGAAGGUGAGCGAUGAGUUUGACUGUGGUGUGGUGUUUGAGGAAGUUCGCGACGAUGACGCCAUCUUGCCUAUCUUCGAGGAGAAGAUCAUCGGGAAGGUGGAGAAGGUUGACUGAAAUUUGGGAACAGGAAGACGAAACAGAUUUGCAAACAAAAGAGUUACAUCAUUUGGAAAAGAGGAGAUUGGAAGAGAACAUUGGGGUUGGAUGGAAAUUCAGCUAAGGAAAUGAAAGAAAGAAAGUAGAAAGAUGGAAGGAGCGACGUGUGACAGAGGGGAGAUUGCGCUGCAUGGUAGAAGCUCAAGUAUUAAGGAGGUGGUUAUUUUUUAUGGAAUAUCUGGAUAUCUGCAUCAGCGCCUGGAUCAAACCCACAUCAAGCGAAGAAGCUUGGCCAGAUGAAACAGGAGCGGAGGAAAGGAACAUAAAUUAUUUCACCUGUCUUGUCUCCACUGUGGAUAUUCAAGGAGGGCUGUUAAAAUCUGAUGUCUGACCAGUCUUCCACUUCCACUGCGAUGGAUGGAAAAGGGUGAGGGGACUGCUGGUAGGAGAGAGGAUAAAGUAGUCUUCCACUUCUGCUUUGGAGGCGUCUGUCCUCCGCAGACCAUUACGAUGCUGCUACAUUACCACGGAAACUCUUCAAUCGGUGCUCGGGACAGUAAAGAACGCAGUUUUGUUCCAUUCGGGAGUCUCGCUGCCUUUUGCUGUCUCUGUUCCUCAUCAGCUGGUGACAAGGGGAGAGGACAGAGGAUUUUUGGGGAGUGGAACUUUUUCGCCUGCUUCUCCUCUCACUGACUUCAUAGCCUCAAUACAGAGAAACUUUCUCACCCUUGAUUCCUAGAUGUCAUGUAGUGAUCUCUCACAUCAACAUGUUCAGACAACAGUUCUCUACAUAACUUGUUUACCAAAGCUACAUAUUUUUGAUAAGACAAGUAUCCUAGCUACUUGUUUUCAUUUUAUUUGAAUUGUGUAUGUACAAGGCAGGUACUAUUACUUACUAAUGCAGCCUAAUUUCGUCAUAUCUCAACUUAAUUUUGUAUUAUUGUGUAUGUUUUGAAGCUAGCUCAUUAGUCAUGUCAGGGCAGCCGUUCUCUUUGUUUCUUUCCUCUGAACCACAUCCAUGCACCUCAGUUCUGUACUGUUUACCUUUUGAGUGUGCAGUUCUGUUCUCCUGCGCGAUAGAUUUUGAACAUAGGAUAACUUCUUCUUUUUUUUUUUUUUUCCAUCCUCAAAAAUCCUCAUGAAACAGGGGAGUGCACACUAAAGGUGCGCCGUCUUUGACCACAGUAUCUGUUGUUUUCAAACAGGUCACACUGUCCUGUCAUGUAUCUUCUAACUUUAAUGCUAUAUCGAGAGCCUGUGUACAUAACUCCGAGCUCAGUCUAGGUGCCUGCCUGCCUGGCCAGUGCCAUUACUAUCUAGAAUGCUUAUUCUGAAGCGCGUUGGUGAGUGUGAAAGCCCAUGUCGGUCUUUGUAUGUCUGAACUCAGCCAAAGAGCAUAUCGUACGUCCCGUAUGCCUACAUGCAUGUGUCUGUGCAGUCCAAGUCUACUAGUAUCAAAUGUGCUUUUUUCAUCAUGAGCAGAAGGGAAUCUCCUCUUCCUCUUGCAGAUUCCCACACCUCAAACAUCGUAGCUUAACUUUGAGUUUAAAAUCUGGAGCUUAUUUUAAAGGAAUAGUUUGACCAUUUGAGAAAUGCGCUUAUUUGUUUCCUUGCUGAGAGUUGGGUGAGAAAAUAGAUACUUCUUUCAUGUCUGUACGGCAGAUAUGAAGCCUACAGCAAGCAGUUGGUUUGUUUAACGUUUGUACGGGUUAAACAAACUAGGGCUGCAACUACUGAUUAUUUUUAUCAUUUAUUUAAUCUGCCUAUUAUUUUCUUAACUAAUCAGUCUAUAAAAUGUUACCCCAGCACACUCUCCUAAAGUUUGAGACCAUAUCUAUAAAUUGCUGACCAACAUUUUAAAAAUGAAAAAUAUUUGGUUUUUUAUCACUUAAGAGAAAAGAAGCAGCAAAUUCUCACAAUUAAUUAAUAAUCUGAUACUAGAGAGUGUUGGGUAUUGAUUGAUUCAGGUCUAAAACUAACUAGAUGAUACAUUUUAAUUGAGUUUUAAAAGUGCAGGUAGGUGUUACCUUUGAAUAGAGCUGGGUUUCCCUCUGUUUGUAGUCUUUAUGCUAAACUAAGCUAAGCUAACUGGCUGUUGGCUGCAGUUUCUUAUCUAAUGUACACACAUGGGAUUGGUAUUGGAUCUUCUCAUUUAACUCUCCAUAAAGAAAGCAAAAAAGAUAAUUUCCAAAGAUGUCGAACUCUUCUAUCAUGCUUUUAACAUCACUGGAGUACAGCAAUGAGGCCUCAGUGCCAGAGUAUCAUAAAAUCAUGAAUAUGAAACACAGUGUACACUGCACUGAUGACACACCAGCUAUGUAAGCUGAAUGUAAUCUGACUUUUUAAAUCUUCUACCCGCUAUAUCCUCAAAGGAAACCCCUUCAUUUGUCAUGUCAUUAUGCCAGAGUCUACCUUCAGUGCUGAUCUCCAACACUUGGUCUGACUGUGUGUUUUGUGUUUUCUAUGCUGGUAGUUAACUGAAUGUGUUCAUCAAACAAAGGCGUCCGAGAGAAGGUCUUGCAGGAAUGUUGAGUACAAUUUGUCCUGGGUUUCCGCCCAGUAAGGGAAACAUAGGAUCAUAAAACAUUUGUCCUUACUUCAACACAUUUUGCCUUCAAUAUAAAAUUUUAAAUUUAGAUAUGUAUUUGUUUAUAAAAAAAAAAAUGUAAUUUUAAUAAUCACCAAGCAUGUUCUUUAUAAGGAAUGUUUUCCUGACGAGUUGAAUUAUCUAUUUUGUUUUAAUGUCUAUGUGUAAAAUGCUAUGGCCCUCUGAUAUAUUUUACCUGUUUUGCUGGAACGCCCAGGGACAGUUAAAAUGACAACAUUUGUUAAAGAGUUGUUUCUUGUGAUUAUGAUUUGAUGGACAAAACAAACAAGCGCGUCUGUUGUGGUGUCGAUUUGUGUGAAACACAGUGCCUUUAUCAUGUUAUCUUUCAGAAUAUGUUUAUUGAACCAAUCCAUGCUUUUUUAUUUUCAGUCAGUCCCGUUGUAUUUUUAGCUGCAGUCAUGCUUGCUCACUUCUGUUCUGAUAGACUCUCUGCUGUAAAUAUGUACAUUACCAUUUCAUACGUCUUCAGACCUGCACCACAUGUCCAUGGUGUUUCUGUUUUUCAAAGGUAAACGCCAAGAUGUCACUGUGCUGGUUCCACUUGUACAUUUCUUUUAAAAAGGUACUUCAUAAUAAAGAUGUUGAAUAAAC